AUGGCAAUCGACGCUGCACCCGCCGUUCCCGGCCAGAAGAAGCAGAUCCAGUGGUCCAACAUCGCCCUCGGCGGUAUCAUGAACAUGUUCGAGGUCACGACGCUCGGACAGCCGCUCGAGGUCGUCAAGACGCAGAUGGCGUCGGCGCGCGGUGACACGAUGGGUCAGGCCUUGCGGACUGUCUGGUCGCGCGGUGGUGUUCUCGGAUUCUACCAAGGCUUGAUCCCCUGGGCCUGGAUCGAAGCCUCGACAAAGGGCGCCGUCCUCCUCUUCGCCGCGGCAGAAAUCGAGGGCGUCGCCAUGACCGCCGGCAUCGGUCCUGCGGCGGCUGGAUUGCUCGGUGGAAUGGGUGGCGGUGUCGCGCAGGCUUACGCGACUGUCGGUUUCUGCACGUGCAUGAAGACUGCCGAGAUCACGAGGAGCAAGAUGGCCGUCGGCGGGCAGAACCCUCCCUCUACCUGGCAACUCUUUGCAGAGAAGUGGCGCAAGGAGGGUCUGAGGGGUAUCAACAAGGGUGUCAACGCUGUUGCGCUCCGUCAGAUGACCAACUGGGGUUCCCGCAUGGGAUUCGCCCGUCUCGCCGAAGGCGCAAUUCGCGACGCGCGCGGUAUCCCCGAGGACAAGAAGCUCGGCGCGCUCGACCGUAUCGCUGCUUCGACUGUCGGUGGUGCGCUCGGAUGCUGGAACCAGCCUAUCGAGGUCGUUCGAGUUGAGAUGCAAUCGAUGGCCAAGGGCGCCUCGUCCGACCCUUCGCGUCCCGCCAAGCCCACGAUUGCCAACACCCUCGCGUACAUCUACCGCGAGAACGGCAUCAAGGGUCUCUACAGGGGUGUCACGCCUCGCAUCGGUCUCGGCAUCUGGCAGACGGUCUGCAUGGUCUCUUUCGCCGACGUCGUCAAGGACUGGCUCGCCGCCAACAAGAAGUAG